UCCUGUAGCCAGCUUGCCACAACUUCCUAAGAUCUCCCAGGUGGCGGCUGCCUCUUCCAGACAGGAGCUGGGUGUGGAACUCCAGGCCUGGGCGUGCUGAACAAGCUCUCUGCCACAGAGCUACAGUCCCAGUCCCCACUUUAUCCAGGCUCACCCACCAUGACCAAGUUGACUGCUCAGGUCAAAGGCUCUCUCAACAUCACCACUCCAGGAAUACAGAUAUGGAGGAUCGAGGCUAUGCAGAUGGUACCUGUUUCUUCCAGCACCUUUGGAAGCUUCUUCGAUGGUGACUGCUAUGUAGUCCUGGCUAUCCACAAGACCAGCAGCACCCUGACCUACGACAUCCACUACUGGAUCGGCCAGAACUCAUCCCAGGAUGAGCAGGGGGCAGCUGCCAUCUACACGACACAGAUGGAUGACUACCUCAAGGGCCGGGCUGUCCAGCACCGCGAGGUCCAAGGCAACGAGAGCGAGACUUUCCGCAGCUACUUCAAGCAAGGCCUUGUGAUCCAGAAAGGGGGAGUGGCUUCUGGCAUGAAGCACGUGGAAACGAAUUCCAGCGAUGUCCGGCGGCUGUUGCACGUCAAGGGCAAGAGGAAUGUGCUGGCUGGAGAGGUGGAGAUGUCCUGGAAGAGCUUCAACAGAGGGGAUGUCUUCCUGCUGGACCUCGGGAAACUCAUCAUCCAGUGGAAUGGACCAGACAGCAACCGCAUGGAGAGACUUCGGGGCAUGACCUUGGCCAAAGAGAUCCGAGACCAGGAACGGGGUGGACGCACCUACGUGGGUGUGGUGGAAGGGGAGAAGGAAGGGGACUCCCCGGAGCUGAUGGCAAUUAUGAACCACGUGCUGGGCCAGCGCAAGGAACUGAAGGCAGCAAUUCCUGACACAGUGGUGGAGUCGGCGGCUAAGGCCGCACUCAAGCUGUACCAUGUGUCUGACUCGGAAGGAAAACUGGUGGUUAGGGAAGUUGCUACUCGGCCACUCACACAGGACCUGCUCAGCCAUGAGGAUUGUUAUAUCCUGGACCAGGGAGGUCUGAAGAUCUUUGUGUGGAAGGGGAAAAAAGCCAAUGAGCAGGAGAGGAGUGGGGCCAUGAACCAGGCCCUGAACUUCAUCAAAGCCAAGCAGUACCCACCGAGCACACAGGUUGAGGUGCAGAACGACGGGGCGGAGUCAGCCAUCUUCCAGCAGCUCUUCCAGAAGUGGACUGUGCCCAAUCAGACCACAGGCCUGGGCAAAACAUACACUGUGGGCUCCGUGGCCAAGGUGGAACAGGUAAAGUUUGAUGCUACGUCCAUGCAUGUACAGCCUCAAGUGGCUGCCCAGCAGAAGAUGGUGGACGACGGGAGUGGGGAGGUGCAGGUGUGGCGCAUCGAGAACUUAGAGCUGGUGCCUGUGGAUUCCAAGUGGCUGGGCCAUUUCUAUGGUGGCGACUGCUACCUGCUGCUCUACACCUACCUCAUAGGCGAGAAGGAACACUACCUGUUGUAUAUCUGGCAGGGCAGCCAGGCCAGCCAGGAUGAAAUUGCAGCCUCUGCGUAUCAAGCUGUCAUCCUGGACCAGAAGUACAACGACGAGCCAGUACAGAUCCGAGUCCCAAUGGGCAAGGAGCCACCUCACCUCAUGUCCAUCUUCAAGGGGCGCAUGGUGGUUUACCAGGGAGGCACUUCCCGAGAGAACAACACGGAGCCUGUGCCCUCCACAAGGCUGUUCCAGGUCCGGGGAACCAGUGCCAAUAACACCAAGGCUUUUGAGGUUACAGCCCGGGCCACCUCCCUCAACUCCAAUGAUGUCUUCAUACUCAAGACUCCAUCCUGCUGCUACCUGUGGUGUGGGAAGGGAUGUAGCGGUGAUGAGCGGGAGAUGGCCAAGAUGGUCGCUGAUACUAUCUCUCGGACGGAGAAACAAGUGGUUGUGGAGGGACAGGAGCCAGCCAACUUCUGGAUGGCCCUAGGCGGGAAGGCGCCCUACGCCAACACCAAGCGGCUGCAGGAGGAAACCCAAGUCAUCAACCCUCGACUCUUCGAAUGCUCCAACCAGACUGGGCGCUUUGUGGCCACAGAGAUCUUUGACUUCAAUCAGGAUGACCUGGAGGAGGACGAUGUGUUCCUGUUGGAUGUCUGGGACCAGGUCUUCUUCUGGAUAGGGAAACAUGCCAACGAGGAAGAGAAGAAGGCCGCAGCCACCACUGUACAGGAAUACCUCAAGACCCACCCAGGAAACCGAGACCCUGACACCCCCAUCAUUGUGGUGAAGCAAGGAAACGAGCCCCCCACCUUCACAGGCUGGUUCCUGGCUUGGGAUCCCUUCAAGUGGUCUAAUGCCAAAUCCUAUGACGACCUGAAGGCAGAGCUUGGAAACUCUGGGGACUGGAGCCAGAUUGCUGAUGAUGUCAUGAACCCGAAGAUGGAUGUGUUCACUGCCGGCACCACCCUCAGUUCUGGGCCCCUGCCCAUCUUCCCCCUGGAGCAGCUGGUGAACAAGCCCGUGGAGGAGCUCCCUGAGGGUGUGGACCCCAGCAGGAAAGAGGAGCACCUGUCCGUGGAAGAUUUCACUAAGGCCUUGGGGAUGACUCCAGCUGCCUUCUCUGCUCUACCUCGAUGGAAGCAACAAAACCUCAAGAAAGAGAAAGGACUAUUUUGAGAGUGACGGCUCUGGCUGUUCAGCAGUCCCUACCCUGCCUGUGAAGGCUAUGUUCUGCCAUUACGGGUUUUAAAUCCUAUGCCAGCUGAAAAUGUCCAACUGUAUCUGUGAGCCACAGUGUGAUAGUCCUUUGUUUAUAACAGUGAUCUCCUUGAGAAAGAUGCAACAUCCCCAUGGA